AUGGAUAGCUCUGAAUAUGAAUUAGUCCGCAACCUUACACUAUUGUUUUUCUUUGAACGUCUUAUGGAUAAAGGUGGUCCACGAACAUUGCACGAUCUCAGUUGUCAAUUUGGAGCCAAAGGUUUCACUAAAGAAAUGCGUCAAAUAGCUGGAGGCUCACAAAGUGGACUACGUAAAUUUUUAGCUCAAUAUCCGACUCUUUUUGUCAUCAACGGUGAUUAUGUGACUGUAAAUACAUUCGAGCCAACUUUAGAACACGACGCUGGAAUAAAAAAAAUAAAUAAACGUGACUAUGCAAAGGAAGCUGUUGAAUAUUUUACUAAUAAACUUGUGCAAUAUGGAGUUGGAGCAGAAGUGCCUAUUAAAAGCUUACUGGGUCAUAGAUCACAAGCGUCACCUGAAGUGAGACACAUUUCUGGUCAACAUUAUCGCGAAUUUCGUGAUUUUCUUCUUAAAUAUUCAGAUGAUUUUAUUGUAUGUGAUGAAAAUGUUAAACUUAAACAAUUUGAAGGCAUGGAAGGAGUUCCUUUUAAAGAAUUAGAACCGGAAGUUCCUGUUGACCAAGAAAUGACUUCAAAGUUACUGGAUUUUUUCUGUCAAACUAUUAAACAAAAAGGCCCGCUUCUUGUAGAACAACUUUUAACUCUAACAGCAGAUAAACUGCCAGCUAAAAUGUGGACAAAUAUGUUUACAACUCCGCAAGAUUUGACCACGUUUUUGAGAAUGUUUCCGGAUGCUUUCAACGUACAAAAACAAGUUGUUUGCUUGCAAGAUAAAGUCAAAUUACCGAUGGAUAUCCAUAAAAAAACUGAACCCACACCAGCAGCUCCUAAGGAAAAUUUAAACGCAGAGAGCUUUGCAACUCACCAGAAUUCACAUAUUGUUAAAGCGUUUAGCAAUGAACAUAUUCCGCAGUCAGAUCAAAAUUCACAAAUCAAUCGAAGUAGCGACACAGAGAGUGCUAUUGACAGUCUUUCGUCAAUUGAAUCGAAUCCUCAUACAUCACCAGUUAAUUUACAACAACAAACUCUCAAGCAGAGAAUUAAUACUCUUGUUAUGAAAACUCUAGCAGCUAAUACUGAAAAAGAUCGGAAUUUGCAUAACCCCCAGGUUGGUGAAGCAUGGAAAGUUAAAAUUUUGCAGAAAACUAAAAUUAUUGUUAAUGUAAGAGAAUGUGUCCGUAUUGUUGAUGAAAUUUUAAAUUCUCCACGAUUGUCACCAGACGAAAAAAUAGCUGUUUCUCUUGAUUGCGAAGGUAUUAAUGUUGGUUCAAAGGGUCAGCUUACACUCAUACAAAUUGGAACAAUGGAAGGAAAUGUUUUUAUUUUUGAUUUAUUUACAUCACCGAAUCUUAUCGGUGCAUUGCGAAAACUUUUAGAAGAUCCUUCAGUGAUUAAAGUAAUUCAUGACUGUAGAAAUGACAGUGUCAAUUUAUAUAAUCAAUUUGGGAUUACUCUAAAAAAUGUGUUCGAUACGCAGGCAGCACAUGCAGUCAUUCAAUUUCAAGAGACAGGAAAACCUGUAGAUAAAGUGAAAAAUGUCAAUUUUAAUACACUUUGCGAUUUAUAUGGAGCGCCAUGUAAUUUGUUGAAAAAUCAAUUGAAGUACAUCUAUCGUAAAGAUCAAAAAUAUUGGUUGCGUCGCCCCAUGUCUCGUGAUAUGCUCAUUUAUGCCACCAGUGAUGUUCUUGGACUUGUGCCUCAAGCCUUCACAGCAAUGUCGAAACGUAUAAAUCCAGAUAUGCAAACGCUUUUUAAUAAUUUAUGUGAAGAGCAAAUACUGACACACAUAUCUCCUGUUGAAAUAAAAGCUCGCAAAAGGCAACGAAAAAUAGAAACAGAAGUAAUAGAUCUUCGUAAAAAAAUGGAUGAAGCUACUGAAAAAAAUAUUGUAUUAAGUAACCGAGAAAUAAGGCUUCUUCAUUGCCCGUCGAUAAGAUUAAAUCCGCUAACUAUUACAGAGUCUAUGCAAAUGGUUGAUGAAAUUUUAUCAGAUGAAAAUAUGGAUAGAUUUGAAAAAAUAGAAAAAUUGGAGAAUAUUCUUUCAUCUGUAACAAAUUUUACUUCUGACAAAUUAUCUUCUAAAAUUAUGUAUCCUGAAUCUGAAAAAUGUACAUGUUUGUGCCAUGAUAAUUCUAAUCAACAGCCACGAGAAGAGAGCCCUAAUGCAACGGAUGUAGCAUGUCAAACCUUAAGCACUGGUGAUAUUGUUAUUACCAGCUGUUAUUUUUUAUAA